AUGCCCGCAGAGUACUCCACCCGCCUCAUCGGCGCCCCUAACACGCUCGAGCACCGUGUGUUCAUCGAGCAGAACGGCGCCGUCGUCUCGCCCUUCCACGACAUCCCCCUCUUCGCGGACCAGAACAACGGGAUCCUGAACAUGGUCGUCGAGGUCCCGCGCUGGACGAACGCGAAGAUGGAGAUCUCCAAGGAGGAGGCGUUCAACCCGAUCAAGCAGGACAUCAAGAAGGGCCGUCUGCGCUACGUCCGCAACUGCUUCCCCCACCACGGCUACAUCUGGAACUACGGCGCGUUCCCCCAGACCUGGGAGGACCCGCAGCAGAUGCACCCGGAGACGAAGGCGAAGGGCGACAACGACCCGCUCGACGUGUGCGAGAUCGGCGAGCAGGUCGGGUACGUCGGCCAGGUCAAGCAGGUCAAGGUGCUCGGCAUCAUGGCGCUCCUCGACGAGGGCGAGACGGACUGGAAGGUGAUCGUCAUCGACGUCCGCGACCCGCUCGCGUCGCGCAUGAACGACAUCGAGGACGUCGAGCGCCAGCUUCCCGGCCUCAUCCGCGCGACCAACGAGUGGUUCCGCAUCUACAAGAUCCCCGAUGGGAAGCCCGAGAACAACUUUGCGUUCUCCGGUGAGGCGAAGAACAAGAAGUACGCGACCGAGAUCAUCCACGAGUGCCACGAAGCCUGGCGCCGUCUCAUCUCGGGCGAGAGCCCCGCAAAGACUGCAUCCUACGACCUCUCCAUCCGCAACGUCUCCGUCCAAAACUCGCCCGGCUACACGCGCAAGGACGACCCCGCCUACGCCAGCCUGCCCGCUGACUCGCGCAAGCCCCCCGGCCCGGUUGACCCUUCGAUCUCGAAGUGGUUCUACAUCGCGUCAGCCCAGGUAUAG